ACCUAGCCGUCUUUGCCUACAAAGUGUAUAUAACUUGGUAGCUGUCAAAAAUUUAUCAGAAUUUAAUGUAUUUUUCGACCCUUCUUUGCUAGAAAGUAACUGCUCAUCGCGUACAAGAUGUUAUUCGAAUCUGUAAUCACGACUUUGGCGUUCGCGCUUUGCGCUUCUGGAAGAGCCGUACCAAACCCUGUUGAGGUUUUCAAGCGAGCACACACUGCUGGUACUGUUAUCAACAAGUGCUCCAAACCAGGCGUCCUCGCAUUGGCCUAUGAUGAUGGCCCGUACCAAUACACUUCCUCGCUUGUGGACACCCUUGACAAGGCGGGUGUGAAGGGUACCUUUUUCUACACGGGUACUCUAUAUGGCUGCAUCUACAACCAAAAGGCUGCGGUUAAGAAGGCAUACGAUUCUGGACACCAGGUUGCAUCUCACACAUGGACGCACCCUCACAUGGGAAGCAUGGGCGCUGCUCAAAUCCAGAGCGAGAUGGAGAAGGUCGAGCAAGCAUUCGUCAACAUCUUCGGCAAGAAACCGCAAUACAUGCGUCCGCCUUACCUCGAGACCGGCGGUCAAUUCCUGAGCGUCAUGAAGCAGAUGAACUACACCGUCAUCACCGACGACGUCGAUGCUGGCGACUGGAACAACCAAUCUCCGCAGCAGAGCGAGUCCAAGUUCUCCCAGGCCGGAGCUAGCGGCAAUGGACACAUUCCCCUGAUGCACGAGACGUACCAGGGCACCGUUACGACUUUGACGAAUUGGUUGAUUGAUUGGGCUAAGACUAACAACUUGAAGAUUGUUACUGUUGCCGAAUGCCUUGAUGAUGCCAACGGCGCUUACAAGGAGGGAACUUUCGAGGGCAAUGGACAGACUGCUUGCUAAGGGGUUUUUAUCCAAAAUAACUGGCAAAAUUAGGAUACUCAACGCUUCCGUGCUAAGAACUUAAUUCGAUUCGAGACUGUACAUAUUUAGCCACGUAUACAUAGUGAUAUUCAAAAUUGUCAUAACGACAUACCUUAUUGCGAAUCAUAAA